UCGGAAAGCGGAGGGAUCUGCGGGAGCGAGUAGGCAGGGAUGGCAGCGAUCAGGAAGAAGCUGGUGAUUGUGGGGGACGGUGCGUGCGGGAAGACCUGCCUCCUCAUCAUGUUCAGUAAAGAUCAGUUCCCGGAGGUUUACGUUCCCACCGUCUUCGAGAAUUACGUGGCCGACAUCGAGGUGGAUUCCAAGCAGGUGGAGCUGGCGCUGUGGGACACGGCUGGGCAAGAGGAUUACGAUCGACUGCGCCCCCUCUCGUACCCCGAUACCGACGUCAUCCUCAUGUGCUUCUCUAUCGACAGCCCCGACAGCCUGGAGAACAUCCCUGAGAAAUGGACCCCGGAAGUGAAGCAUUUCUGUCCCAACGUGCCCAUCAUCCUGGUGGGGAACAAGAAGGACCUGCGGAACGACGAGCACACCCGCCGGGAGUUGGCCAAGAUGAAACAGGAGCCAGUGAGAGCAGAGGAGGGAAGGGACAUGGCCAAUCGGAUCAGCGCCUUCGGCUACCUGGAGUGCUCGGCCAAGACCAACGACGGAGUGAGAGAAGUGUUUGAGAUGGCGACGCGGGCGGCGCUGCAGGCCAAACGGGGGCGCAAGCGCAACACCUGCUGCUUAGUGUGAGCCGCUUGCCCCCCCAUUCCCCUCUGCCCCCGGGGGGGGCACUGGCACAGCCACAGACUGUCGGGGGUAUGAGCACCCCUAUUGUGCCACGGAGGGGCCCCACAUUGUGCGGAACAGUGCCAUACUCCCGGGCCCUCCGCCGCGGGUACAACUGCCCCAGGGCUCAAAUUCUACACAGGUAUCACCGGGGUAUGGGUUAGAAUCUGCCCCCCCAGGGGUAACUGUGUGGGGAGGUUUUUAUGAUAACCAAUGGCAUUUUAUUCCCUUUCCUACGGACGCAAGUCGCCAAUAAACUUUGUAGCCAUGUUUAGUA